GCGCCUUUCUAUUUCCAAACAUGAUUUCGUGCAAUCAGCAGUGAUGUGUUUAUUAUUAUUUUGCAACGUGAAUUUGGUACAAAAAUUAUUUCCAAAAUUUACCACCGAUAUCGAUAAAUAUUGUUUAUAAAUAUAUACCCUAAAACGUCAAAUUAAUAUUUGACCUUCGGAUCGUCCACAUCAUUCGCUUUCGAAGUUCAUUGUGUUUGUUGCGCUUGUUGCAUUGAUAAAGAACCAAAAACAUGCAUGAAGAAACAUUUGCCCAGCUGAUGGAGAUGUUCGGGGACUACAUUGACCACCAACGCAUUCAAAAAAUAUCAUCUGCACAUGGACAUGACUUGGAACUUUGUAUUGAAAAGUUGCUCAAACAUGAUGACGAACCAUCUCCUUUAGUCGGGGAUAAACAACAACAAGUUACUGCCGAGCAGCAAUGGCCUGUAUUACCCACUCGCGAAGAGCCGAAAAAUUCGACAGGUGCGAUCAAAAAGACAAUGUCUCAGGCAAAAGAUUCCGCCAUGAGCCCCGUUUCAUUUGCAUCCUUCCUUCAAAACAAAGAAAAUCAAGGUUUUGUUAACAAGUUACAGACGCCUACAAAAAUGGGUCCAAAACGCUCAGCAAAUGCACAAGAAUGGCCGUCUAAUUUUGAAACCAUAGUUGAUUUUAUCAACAGAGGUUUUAGAGUAAUGGUACUUAUGCGUGGGGCUCCUGGAUCCGGAAAGUCUUUUCUAGCUCGGGCAGUCAUCGACAAAACCUUAGCUAAUGGGGAUUAUCGGAACCAUGUGUUCAGUGCGGAUGACUAUUUCAUGGUGAAUGGCGUUUACAAGUAUCAAGCGGAUCGAAUUGAUGAAGCGCAUCGCUUCAACCAAAAUAAUGUUCGAGCUAAGGCAAAGGAUGGAUGGAGUCCACUAGUGGUGGACAACACCCACAUGAGACAUUGGGAAAUGCACGCAUAUGUACAAAUUGCAGCAGAAAACGGGUACUAUCUGGAUGUGCUAGAACCGGUGACUUAUUGGAGAAAUAAUGCAAGAUCAUUGGGCGCCAGGAAUGUACAUGGUGUGCCAGAACAUAAAAUAAAAGCCAUGCUGGGUAAUUACGAAAGACUCAGAGACAUUAACGAUUUGUAUCGCCAAUGUAAAUUAGAACAUGCCUCGAAGGAGUUGCCCAGGAUGAGACACUUUCCUAUUAUACGACAGGAUUUAAUCGACCUAGGCAGCUUGCAGAAUUCAAUCAAUGAGAUUCCCGAAAAAGAAGAGCCAACAUUACCGGAAUGGUCAACAGCCGAUUGGGAUACUGCGAACGAAAAUUCCGUUGAAAGCAAGGAAAAUCUCGAAAUCAAUAAUCCGGGACAGCUUGUUUCAAAGCCAGCUCGAGGAAAACCAAAACAUAUGAUCGCUUCUUCAAGACAUUUGUUGCCAGCUGCUGAGGAAGACCUGCUGGAUGUGGACAAUUUACAAGAAAACUGGAACUGGCCGGUCAUCACCGAUGAUAAAUGGAAACCCUACGACGAAGAAUGUUUGAAUUUUUGGGCGCAAUCCGACGCAGUUACUAACCAGCAGCUGGAAAAGUCUAAAAUAGAACUAAACCAAUCGCAACCAAAACGAUUCACAGUUCCAAAGAUAGAUACGUCGCUAGAAGAACAAUCACUGCCACAAAAUUUCGUUCCAAGUGAAGGGCUAACUCCAAUGGAAACAACUCCGAUAAAAAUGAUUGAAAAGAAAAGCGAUCGUACGCAAGCCAAUAAUAAGCGAAUAGCAUUAGUGAAACACAAAAGGGGCUGCAAGAAUGAAGAUUCAAGUUUUUCAGAAAUAUGCAAUUUGUAUCCGCAUAUUCCAGCUCAUUAUUUGUGGGAUUUAUUUGAAAAAUGUAAUGGUGAUGGCGAUUGGACAGCUAACUUGUUGCUGGAAGAGCAGAAGACUUACGAAUUCGAUGGCAUGACAAAUGGUUUUGAUGAGGCGAUUGGUGGUGGUCAGAUGGCGUUCGAAUGUGACUGUAGUGAACCAAUAGCAACACAAGUGCCUUUAAACAGUGAGCAAAGUAGCGAUACAGAUAGAUCGACGGUAAGUUCGGGUUCUCCUAGAAGUACGAUUAGAAAAAAAGAUAAAGCUCUUUCUGAAGACCUACAAAGGGCUAAAAAGCAAUUGGAAGCAAUGGUUGUUCUGGGGAAAAACAACUACUCGGAUCAUCUUCAGCAAAUUCGAGUGGCCGGAGGAAAAAUAACAAAAGAAUCUUUAAUGGAAUUUGAAGAGCCAGAGGAUACGGCUAAAGAUGAGCCUACCAAAUCGGAAAUAUUAGAGGUCAAUUUAGGACUAGAUCUAAUCAAACAACUCCAUGCCAUAUUCAAGGACAAACACAGCGCAAAACACUUGUCGAUAGAUGAUAUUACACCAGAACAAACCAAAGUCUACAUAAGUACAGAAAUAGCCGAACAGCUUUUUCUAUCAUUCAUGGACACUAUCUACAGUUACCGAGAAGAGGAAAAACAUUUCACAAUGAGAAGAGAUGCGCAGAUAGCUAAACAAAUGGAAAUCAAACAGAAGUAUCCAAUACUUUUUCGUGAUAUCAGGGCAGAUUCCGAUACACCAAAUCUAAAUGAUAUUAUCGAAAUGGAACGUGCGAUGUCGGCUUAUCGAAAUGAGCAAACCAAUGGCUGGGUAAAACAAGUUCCUCAAGAUUUAGCUACUCAGAUGACUCGACAGAAAUUGGUUCAAAUGUUUCCCAGCGUAGAAGAAAAAGUACUGACAGAAAUAUUGCAUGCCCACAACAACAAAUUCCACGAUACUGUAAAUGUUCUAAACAACUCCAUUCCGGAAGAAUUCCGUAACCAAAUAGCAAAGGAGCGAGAAGCUCUUCUUUUGCGGGCGGAAAAUGAGAAACAAAAAGCUCUUCCUACGCAAUCUACUGUAUUGCCUACUACUCCGCGCAUCAGCAAUGAAGAUGCUAUCAACUUGCACCUCAAAACGGCAGAAGAAUGUCGUAAUCUGUCACAGCAUCAUCAAGAUCUUAAAAAUGAAUGCCACGAAAAAGCACGAAACGCUAUUCAACGGGGCAUGGCUGGAGUUGCCGAUUACUACGCCCAAAUCGCACGACUUCACCGUACCAAGAUCGAUUGGUACAACAGCAAAGCCUCUAAUUCGAUCAUGGAAGUUCACAAAUUAACGCUAAACAAUUCCGACGUGCUCGAUUUGCACUACCUACAUUCGGAGGAAGCCCUAAGGUGUUUGGAAAUUUUCCUUGCUGAACAUGCUGGCAAGCUACGCACUCGCCAGCAACAGUACAAGGAAUUGUUCAUCAUUACCGGGCGAGGUUUGCACUCGGCUGACGGAAUACCAAUCAUUAAGCAUCGAGUCCAGGCAACGCUUAAAGAUCUUGGAUUGAGGUUCUCUGAGUUGAAUCCAGGAUUUUUGAAAAUCAAACUUUACAACAACCCCGACAUGCUGGAAAGGCUACUGACUCAAUGCUAAGGAUACCACCAAAAAGCUAGCUAAAGAUAACGCCUUAAAUUUUGAAUGUCGAAACGUAGAAUGCCGCCCUUUUUCCCACUACUCGUGCUUAAUUGUAAUAAGUUAAUAUUAUUUGAUCAUCCUUUUAAAAUCGUUUUAGCAUUCUCUGGUCAUUGCUCAACGGUAGAAAUUAUCUAUAAUUUGGUGCACAAAUCGAUGUGUCUAACGUAUAGUAUGUAUCCAUAUCGUGUACCUGAUUAUAGAUUAAAUCAGUUUUAUCGUAAGGAUUAACCUCGUCAUUCAACUAAGUCAGCGCUAAGCGUGGAAAACCGUAUUGAUUUUAGUUGUUGAUUCGUUAUUAAAUUUUCUAUUUGGGUUAUUUUACUACUAUACCAUGUAAAUUCUAAGAAACAAAACGAUUCACAGUUGUUAGACGCAAAAAAGAAUAAAUAUUUUUUUAGAUAUAAAA